UUGCAAAUAGAACUGAUGCAAAAGUUAUUAAGAAAAAUUUUAUGACUCGACAAGCAACUUAUAUUUGUGAUUCAUAUUUUGAUUAUAUUCACAAGUCCAGUACUUCUACAAAAACUAUACCUGCGAAUACCAUUAAUACUCACUUAACUAUAGAAUGCAAUAUUAAAGGUGUAUUAGCCGAAGUUCUCGAAUAUCAUUUGUGGAAAGAUGUGAAUGGUAAAAAAUCUGUUGAUAUGAAGGGUGUUAAAUUAGAUUCACUGGCUAAAAAUGUAGCACCAAAAAAUGGUGGAUGGUUUAUUAUAAAAAGAUACGCGCUUCAUGCGGAUCCUUCCGAAUGUUUGAAUGCACCUAAAGGAUUAGUUGUUAGUGCGAUAGCAAAAAUUAAGCUUACCUAUCCUGAUGGAAAUAUAGAUGAAGGUUACCCAAUUGUGCAAAAUGUAUUAAAAGGCUGUCCUCCCUCAUCGACCAAACCAAAGCCGUCCAAACCAACCAAACCACAGCCGUCCAAAUCGACCAAACCACAGCCGUCCAAAUCGACCAAGCCAUAG